AUGACCUUUCGCUUGUCGAGGUUCGAGUCUCCCCUUAUUGAAGAUGACGGGGAAAGUCGAGCAAGUCUGCUAGGAUAUUCACCAGAAAAUGAGCUUUACACUGACGUCGAUGAGAACCGCGAAAGCCGAUUUAGAAGGUUCAUGUCUUUUAUCAGCAGCUCGCCCUAUGACAUGUUUUUGGCGAUUAACGAACAUGUUGAGAGCAUAGAUUGGGAUUCCAAGGCAAGCACUAUCGCCGGGCCUCUUGGUAACUUCUUCACAUGUUCAUUGUACACAGCGCGGCUUUUGCAGGAUAGCCUUAUUAGACCAAAUCAACAAAAACUUGACAAAAAGCGCGAUUCUUUUGACCUUUCAAGAUCUGAAAUUCUUAGGAAAUUCGAGUACUUAUCGCAAGUUCCAAAGAGUGGUGUGGUUGUCACUCACCUUAAUUGGUAUUGGAAAUUUCUCACAUUUCUGAAUGUUGCUCUUCAAAUUACGGUGGGGUUCUUGAUCCUCAUAAAUCUGUUUGUUGCAUACAAAUUCCUGAUAGGCCACUUUCAGGUAUACUCAUUGUUCUACACAAAAACAUCACCAAGAUCUAAAAAUGUUACCAAGCGGUCGCUGAGUGACUUGAGCUUCAAGUCACUUGAGGAAGUCACAAAUAGCUCCUUAUGGACAAUGAUUCGGUACAUGUUUGUUCGGAAAAGGCUAAUUAUCAAAGACGCGCCUAAAGGAAAAUACUACUACCAGUUGAGAAAAUGGACGCCAGGAAAAUUCUACACCGCUCUUUUCAGCGCCUUUUCCCCCAUCUCCGUUAUUUUUUUGCUCGUCACAGAAGUUUCUUUCAAGACAGCGCUUGCUGUUAUUGGGCAUCAAUACAUCUUAUUCCUUGUUCUCUUCAAGAGGUACGAGAGCAGAUUAGAUGACGAAGCUUGUUUGGCAAAGGCACAUUUCGAAGAAAUCAAUGAAAAGGUAAUCAAACCCAAAACAACAAUCAAAACGCAGGACGCAAUGGUUGAUGCUACGACGUAUGGAGGAGGGGCUGCAUUUUUCCCUUCAUUCACAACUACUCGGUCCCAUAUUUUUCAAACACACGCAGUCACCGGUGACAUUAUUACAGAACGCUACAACCCUGAAACCAGAAAUUUUGAAGAUGUUGAAAAUACUGGCAGGGCAAAAAAUUAUAUUAGCCAAAUUCAAGGCGUAAGCCACGGUCAGCAAGUUGUGAGCAGAUCAAAGGCAAUGAAUGGUGCAACGGCCCGCCCGCAGUUUUUUAGCCGUCAACCCAGCCCAAGCAAAAUCGGCACACCCUCCAUUAUAUUAAACUAUCGAACCUCGCCUUUCUCGGCACCUACUACGCCGACUUUGAAACCCGUAAAUGGUGUGCAAAAUGGGCAAUCGAUCUUCAGGAAUUCACCAGAUCCAAGCAAAGCCAAUUCUCUAAACUGUGAUACGUCGCACUUGUCUCGCAAUAACACUUUAUCCCGUCUUCGGCGGAACUCAGUUAGCCCCACAAAAUCUGGAAACUACUGUAGUGCUUCAGGAAUGAGGGCGAUUCAUAAGUCAAAUUUUGGUGCUGAUAGCUCCGUUUCUUACAGCAUGGAAGCUCCAAGCAACGAACUCCCUUUCGAAGAAGUUGCACGCCGCGGGCGUCACCCGUUUGAGAUCACUGCCUCCCGAGACUUACCUGCUGGCCGUUCAUCGGCUGUGUCCUCCAGGCACAGCAGUAUCAGUCCAUUCAAGGGCAAUACUUCAUUUGCAGGUCGUGAAUCCUUAGAUUCGAGGCCUCCUUUCAGGUGA